AUGCCUUCCCGUUGUAUUGUUCCUGGAUGCACAGGAAAUUAUGAUAAUGGUCCUCGUGUGAGAGUCUACAGUUUUCCAUCUAAUGAAAUUUUAAAAAAGAAAUGGCUUAAAGCUAUACCUCGGAGUAAUUUUAAAUUAACGAAAGCUUCAAAAGUUUGCGAACUUCAUUUCAAAGAUGAAGAUAUUGAGAUGGAGACAAGUGCAUAUGAUCCAUCCUCUGGAAAAAAAAUAAGUGCACCUCUUUCACGUUCUCGAUUAACGAAAGAAGCAAUACCAUCUUUAUUUCCGGGUUGCCCUGAAUAUUUAUCCUAUCAGGAACAGAAUCGAGAAUCUCCGUAUGAUAAGAAAAUACGAUUACAAAAUCAGCAACUGCAUUUGGCUCUACAGGAAAGCAUGAAAACGAAAUCAGAAGAAGAAGCAAAAUACAUGUUUUCAACAUAUGCAAACUUUUUAAAGUGCUUAGAGACUCAGCAAAUCCCGUUAUUUUGGUCUAUAAUCAGAAAAGAAGAUGAGACAUUAUUUAUUCACAUCAAUACUCAAGCAGCACCAGUUAUUGAAGCCUCUGUUGUUCUUAAAUAUGAUUUAAGUGUCUCAGCAUUUAUUGGUAAUGCUGCAAUAAAAUCAUGCAAAGAACGUAACUUUCCUGUGAUAGUUGGAGAUAUCAGAAAUCUCCAAAAAAUACUAGAUGGUGUACAGUCUCUGUUAAUACCUGUAGCUCAAAAAUGA